GAUCCUGCCCCUGCUCGCCAAGGGGAGGGGAACCCGGCUGUUCCCCAGGCGCACGCCCGGCUGCCCGGGACUUCCCUGUUGUACACGAGUCACCCACCCACGCUAAGAUGGCUGCGAAAGGCUCGCAUUUCCACCUGAAAAUGGAAGAGGCGGUGGAGAGGUGCCGCGCCGAUUGCCAGUGGGACACGCAGCUGGCCGUGGUGGAGCAGAUGAGGACGCGGGCGGCCAGUCCCCGCCACAAGUGGGCCAAGGGGGGCGCAGCCGGCGCAGGAGCCCAACCGUCCGAUGACUAUGGGAACCUUUUAGUUGCAGAGGCACUGCUGGAGCUGUGCUUGAACGAGAACCUUGCCAAAAUCAAGGACGCUGUUCCAUUAAUGGAAAAAUCCGAGCCCAAAAUGAGCGACGCCAAAAAGUAUUUGACGGGCAUUCUAAACCGAGGGAAGUUGCCGCCAAAAGAUUUGACAGAAGCCAUGCUGAUCCUGGCGAAGCUCCAUUAUGUCGAGGGCUCUUACAGGGAUGCUCUCAGCAUGUAUGCAAGAGCUGGCCUUGAUGACAUCGCGGUGGAGAAGAAGCCUUUGUAUAUGCUGCGGCUGCUGACAGAAGCUUUUGUAAUCAAAGGCUUGGCGCUGGAGCGCUCGCCCAAUUCCAUCGCUUCCCGCGCCCGCCUCUCCGAACGUGAGGAAGAAGUCAUGGUUUGCUUUGAAAGGGCCUGUGUGAUGGCUCAAGUGUUUCUACAGGAACUCGAGAAGAGCUUCGGCAACACGCAUCCGAGAGGCAUAAAGGGCACUCAAGCGUCGGCCUUGGACUUUGAGCUGCCUUACUUCCUGGAAGCAGCCCUGCAGAGCGCUUACGUGGCCCAUUUGAAAAGAGGCAACAUCGUAAAAGGAAUACGAAACCUCCGAGACUUAUUGCGGACCAUGGAAACGAAGGCUACCCAGAGCUUCAGAAUGACGGCUGCCAAGCAGUUGGCAGAGCUGCUCCUGCACUCCCUGAGCGAAGAUUGUUACUGGAGCCCCUUAUCUGAUCCUCUUCCCGAGUUCAUGAACAAAGAGGAUAAUUUGUACAUCUGCACUACUCUUCGCCAAAGACUGCAGCUACACACCGGAGAUAACAUCUACAGCCCCCAUGACAACGUUGAAGAGGCGCUCCUCCUCCUCCUUAUCAGUGAAUCUAUGGCAAACCAGGACGCAGUAAUUAGCCGGGCCCCUGAGCAGAAAGACGACCGAGCCAUCAGUCUCCAGGAUGCGUCGGCGGUUUACGAUCUUCUAACUAUCACACUGGGCAGAAGAGGGCAGUAUGUCAUGCUUUCUGAGUGUUUGGAGAGAGCAAUGAAACUUGCAUUUGGUGAAUUCCACCUAUGGUAUCAACUGGCCCUUUCCAUGGCAGCUUGUGGCAAGUCCGCCCACGCCGUCUCGGUGCUCAAAGAAUGCGCGAAGCUGCGUCCUGAGGACCCCACCGUCCCGCUCCUGGCCGCCAAGGUCUGCAUCGGGCCUCUGCACUGGCUGGAGGAAGGAGAGCGUUUUGCCAAGAUGGUGAUUGGCUUGGGAGAAGAUGCCCAAGAGUUCUUAGCCAAGGGUUACCUUGCCUUGGGCCUGACAUACAGCCUGCAAGCAACUGAUGCUACCCUGAAAAGCACACAAGACGACUUGCACCGAAAAGCACUUGAGACUCUGGAAAGAGCACGUCAAUUGGCACCUGAAGACCACCAAAUCAUCCUCUACGUCUCAUUGCAGCUGGCUCUUGUCAGACAGAUUUGUGAUGCGAUAGAACAGCUCCAGGAAGCUCUGAAACUGUGCAAGGAUGAUAUGAAUUCCCUUCAUUUGCUGGCCCUCCUUUUUUCAGCGCAAAAGCACCACCAGCAUGCGUUGGAUGUCAUCAACAUGGCCCUGGCAGAAUAUCCAGACUGCUUUAAUUUACUCUUCACCAAAGUGAAACUGGAAUUGGUGCACAAGGGCCCAGAAGAAGCUUUAGUGACCUGUAGGCAGAUGUUGCACCAGUGGCAGAUGCUUCAUAAUGUUUCACAGCUCAGCGAUCUGGAGAAGGAAAGCAGCCUGGCCGAGGCGCCGCCAAUCAAGAAACACAACAGCAUGUAUCUCACUCUCCCCGAUGCCCACGACACCGACUCUGGCUCCCAGCGAGCGUCUUCCAUUGCAGCCUCGCGGCUGGAGCAGGCCAUGUCUGAAUUCACCAUGCACAGUACAGCCUUGAAGCAAGGGCCUAUGCAGCUGUGGACGACUCUGGAACAGAUUUGGUUGCAGGCUGCCGAACUCUUCAUGGAGCAGCAGCACCUCAAAGAAGCAGGCUUCUGUAUCCAGGAGGCGGCCAGUCUCUUCCCCACAUCUCACAGUGUGCUGUACAUGCGGGGGAGGCUGGCGGAGAUGAACAGCAGCUUGGAGGAGGCUAAGCAACUGUAUGACGAGGCACUGACUGUGAACCCAAAUGGAGUGGAAAUCAUGAACUGCCUGGGGCUGGUGCUGAACAGGCUCGGGCGGAGAAACUUGGCUCAGAAGGUUCUGCAGGACGCAGUCCAGGUACAGAGCACCAGCCACAAAGCCUGGAACAGCCUUGGAGAAGUGCUUCAUGCUCAGGGGAAAAACGAAGCAGCUGUGGAGUGCUUCCUGACGGCUCUGGACCUCGAAUCCAGCAGCCCCAUCGUGCCAUUCACCGGUCAUCCCCAGGGAACUGUGAUGGCGUAGAAUUUCUUCCAUGCACAUGCGUUCCGUGGAGGUAGUUCCAACAGCACACAUAUCAAAUAAGCAAUUUGUUUACAGUGCAAUAAAUAUAUAUAUACGUGG